UCCAGCGGAGAGAAUGUGGCAUUCAGGGAGAGGAGGGAAAAGCUGUCGGAACGUCAGCAAACGGAGAGUCGUAUAAAGUACCAAAGUCCUGAAUGUAUAUAAAACACUUGCGUAAAGUUUUCGUUGGGAUGAUGCUGUGAUUUACCACUUUUGAAAGUUCGGGAAAAACGAAAGGAAACGGCACUUUCUUUUCUGGAAUAUCCACACAAGGAAUAACGUUACUUUUCCAGGGUUUCUUCCUUCAAACUGACGCCCCGCUCCGUCAAAAAUCAAGGCUGGAAAAGUUUCUGACAUACUUUAAGAAUAAAGGCUUUUCGGUCUCAACCACAUCUCCUCCUCCUUGUCAGCGGCAGCUCCACAAACCUCCAGCUGACCCUGGGAACAUAACCCCGCCCCGCGACGUCGAGUGGAGAAAAGUCUGAGCGGUGUUUCCAUCUCUCGGGGGUCGGGAGGGGGGGGAAUCGCUGUAGAUUGUGUUUGUUUCCUGGCCGUCCGGAGGAGAAAGUGGAGAGUCUCACCUGAGGCCGGCCCACGUCUCUGCCCCUCAGCAUGAGGACCUGAGGAGGAGUUUUCAGUGAAUCUGGUUGGAGGUCGGGGAGGAGGAGGAGGAGGAGGAGGAGGAGAGGAGGAGGAGGAGGAUGGGGAAGGAGCAGGACCUGCUGCAGGCUGUGAAGAGCGGAGACCUGGUGUCCACUCAGAAGCUGCUGUCUAAACUUAAGACCAACAGGAACAAGCUGCUGGGAUCCACCAAGAGGCUGAAUGUGAACUACCAGGACUCAGAUGGGUUCUCGGCGCUGCACCACGCCGCCCUCACAGGAACCGCAGAGCUGCUGUCGGCGCUGCUGGAGGCUCAGGCCACCGUGGACGUCAAGGACAGCAACGGAAUGCGUCCCCUGCACUAUGCAGCCUGGCAGGGUAAAUCUGAAUCUGUCCUGAUGCUGCUUCGCUCCGGAGCUUCGGUUAACGGCGUGUCGCUGGACGGACACAUCCCUCUGCACCUGGCGGCUCAGUAUGGGCACUACGAAGUGUCUGAGAUGCUGCUGCAGCAUCAGUCCAACCCUUGUCUGGUCAACAAGGCCAAGAAGACCCCUCUUGACCUGGCGUGUGAAUUUGGACGAGUCAAGGUGGCCCAGCUCUUGCUGAGCAGUAACAUGGUCGUGGCUUUGCUGGAAGGGGAGAGGAAGGAGCCGACUGACUCGGCCUUCACCACUCCACUGCACCUCGCCGCCCGCAACGGACAUAAAGACAUCAUACGAUUGCUGCUGAAAGCCGGUAUUGACAUCAACAAGACCACCAAGUCUGGAACGGCUCUGCACGAAGCGUCGCUGUACGGGAAGACUGAAGUUGUCCGACUGCUGCUGGACGCCGGAGUGGACGUAAACAUCCGAAACACCUACAACCAGACGGCGCUGGACAUCGUCAACCAGUUCACCACGUCGCACGCCAGCAAGGACAUCAAGCAGCUGCUGCGAGAUGCGACAGGUGUUCUGCAGGUCAGGGCUCUGAAGGACUACUGGAACCUCCACGAUCCCACUGCUCUCAACAUCCGAGCCGGAGACAUCAUCACGGUGCUGGAGCAGCACGUGGACGGACGCUGGAAGGGCCACAUCCACGACAGCCAGAGAGGGACGGACAGAGUGGGCUUCUUCCCCCCGUCCAUCGUGGAGGUGAUCAGCAGGAGGAACGGGGGCACCCUGUCCCGGCACGCCUCUCUGCCCAACCAGCGCCAGCAGCUGCUGCCCAGAGCCCCCCUCUCCUCCAGCCUCAGCUCCGCCCCUCAGACCGACGACUCCUACACCCUGUACGCCCCCCCCACCCACGUGGUGCUGCCGCUAGCCAACGGCCUCACUACCAGCGCAGGUUUGUCUCCGAGCCGCCUGUCUCAGUCCGGGUGUCCCUUCGAGGACAUCUGGGUCCUCAGGGACGCGUGUUAUGCUGGAGACAGAAACAGUGUCGGGAGCACCGGCAGCGUUGGGAGUACACGCAGCGCCGGCAGCGGACAGAGCACUGAGAGCAACAACGCACCCAACGGACUCCAACACAACACCGGUCACCAUGACAACAAGCCGGCGCCCUCUGCUGUUGAUGCUGGACACUCGGCAGACAAACAUCCCGAUCAUCCUGCAGGUGGGACUCCUCGCAGGCAGACGGUGACGGUGCAGAGGCCUGCAGAGCAGGGCUUCUCCCAGCAGUUUGUCCGUCCUCAGCAGCUGCUGGAGGGGAAGGAUGCAGAAGCCAUCUAUCAGUGGCUGAGUGAGUUCCAGCUGGAGCAGUACACUGGGAACUUCCUGAGCGCUGGAUAUGACGUACCGACCAUCAGCAGGAUGACUCCCGAGGAUCUGACGGCCAUCGGAGUCACCAAACCAGGACACCGAAAGAAAAUCUCCAUCGAGAUCAGCAACCUCAACAUCCCGGAGUGGCUCCCCGAGUACAUCCCAUCUGAUCUCGGCGAGUGGCUCAGCGCCAUCGGCCUCCCGCAGUACCACAAGAAGCUCUCGGAGAACGGCUACGACUCCAUCAGCAUCGUCAAAGAUUUGACGUGGGAGGAUCUGCAGGAGAUCGGCAUCAUCAAGCUGGGACACCAGAAGAAGCUGAUGCUGGCCGUGAAGAAGCUGUGUGACAUCCAGAGGGCGAUCCUUCAGGCCGAAUCGGGGCAAGGCACGCUGCGACGCAAAGGCCCUGGGGCCCUCCACCUCGUCACCAUCGAGCCUCCUGAAGCUGGAGGGGAAUGCUCUUCUCCUCACACCCCAAAGAUGAUGACCUUCCAGGACAGCGAGCUGAGCACUGAGCUGCAGACGGCCAUGUCCAGCCAAUAUGGAGGCUGCGAGGAAGGUUUGGCCAUCAAGAAUGCAGUGGGCAUGUCCCAGAGCCAGGAGAGCAUCGACACCCGUUCCAGAGGCUCCGGGCGCUCCCAGGAGCCCCCGACUGCCUCCAUCAACCCCCACGGCUGGUCCCAGGAAAGCUUGGAAGGGAGCCCUGCUAAGGAGAGGAACCUCCCUGAGGGCUGGGACCAGAGGCCCCUGCAGCAGCAGCCUCUGCCCAAACAGGUUCCUCUGGGUACGGCCACUGUGUUCAAGUACCCGGCCAUCCCCGCAAAGCCCAAGAUGUCCGGAUCCCGCGGCCCCUCCCCUCACGGCUCUCCAGCACUGAAAGGUUUCAGCUACCUUCAUUCCCACUGCGGCUCCACAGACCUGAGCUCAUCUCCGCGGCCCGAGAACCACACCAUGACGCUGACUCCGCCCAAGAAGCGCACGCAGAGCAUGACCCGCUAUGCCCUGUCGGACGGAGAGCCGGACGAGGACGACGAGGAGUCCACGCUUCGUUCUGGAAACGUGCCGUUGUACGCCACUUUGACCCGCAAGCCCGGCCGCAGCCAGCUGGCUCGGCUACAGUCGAGCCCAGAGAAGAACGGCAACGUGGGACGCAGCCAGUCGUUCGCAGUGCGCGCUCGGAAAAAAGGUCCCCCUCCCCCUCCCCCGAAGAGACUGAGCUCAGUGAGCAGCACCACCAGCGGGGAACUGAGCGACAGCAGCACCACUUCAUCCUCCGGUGGGGUGGUCACUGACAGUCCAGGGAGCGUGAGGAGCAUCGCAGCUUGUCUAGAAGGAGGCACGGAGGGGAACAUCCCCCAAGGACCAAAACCGGACGGAGACCAGCCGGAGCUGCCCCCAUCCCUCAGCUCUGUAGAGGCCAGGGAGGCUGCAGGGGUGAGGAGGAGGGUGCAGAGCGAGUGUGCUCCCACACAGACCGGCAGAAGCUCCGAGCUGGACCGAGGGGUGAAGUCCGACUCUGAGGAGGAAGAGACAAAAGUUCGAGGGCUGGACGGCUCCUCGUCCCCUCAGAACAGCUCCAGCGAGUGCAUCCCCUUCGCUGAGGAGGGCAACCUGACCAUCAAACAGAGACCCAAAGCUCCAGCUCCGCCCAGAGCCGAGGCCGUGCUGGAGCCCCCAGAGAAACCAGCAGGCAAGAGUCUGGAGGUCCCCGAGUUUAACCUGAAGGAGUCGGACACAGUGAAGCGCCGGCACAAACCCAAAGACAAGGAGCAAGGCGGGGGCUCCCCUUCCAGAGAGGGAGCUGCCUCUGAGUCUGGAAGCCGACCUCCAUCACAGAGCCAGGAGGAGGUCAGUCUGAGUAUCAGCGAGGCUGGUCUGGAGCGGCCAGCCAGUCCGGCUACGGGGUCCCCCAUUAAACCUCCGCUCUCCCCAAAACCUCCGGCUAUCGCCCCGAAACCUGUCCGCCACAGUCUGCUGGCUUCACAGGCGGGACGCUCCUCUCCUACUCUGACCGUCAGUGUGGUUCAGAGUGUGGCCUUCGCGGCCCCGUCCUCACCCUCCCACGGGCCCCAAGGUCCGGCCCCGGCUUUGGCUCCAACCCCGCAGGCCCCACAGAGUCCAUCUCUGGCAGCAGCAAGGCCUCAGGUGUGUGUGGUGGGUCCAGGUCUUCCUCCUGAGUCUGCAUGCGGGACCGAGGUAGUCCAGCAGAGACUGGAUCAGACGAGCACUUCUCUGGAAGCAGCUCUGAAGGCAGUCGAGAGGAAACUGAACCUGGAGGACAACUCUGAGGGGAGUGGAGCCAACACGGUGAGGUCAGCGGGAACCAUUCUGGACGACAUCGGCAACAUGUUUGACGACCUGGCCGACCAGCUGGACGCCAUGUUGGACUGAAGGUGUUUCAGCCGGAACCUAAAAUAGUCAAUGUCCACCUUCAACCUCAGGAAGUGAAACACGGAUUCCCCACGUCAGUGUUUAAACCUCUGAGCUGCACCGCUGGAGGAGCCACAGCCAAACAGUCGGCUUGUUUCUCAGCCUGAACACCAGCACUUAAACUCCGCUGUGCUUCCGAAACCUCAGUCAGAGCUGGUCCUGGUUCUGUCUCAGCAGCAUUUUUUAUUUGUGUCUUAUCAAACACAAACCAAUCAGAGACUCGGAUGAUGGACCGGCCCGCUGUGAGGAGAAACUCAUUUUACUGUUGAACACAAAUAUUGUAACAUGAAGUUUUUACACUAUAGAGCUGAAGUCCUGCCGUCACCUCCUGUCCAGCUUCUGACGACAGAUCAUAGACUGUAUUUAAAGUUGGACACAGAGACAUGUAACGUCCUUUGUUCGUUUAGAAUAAAGCCUGUUUGAAGUCCAGAGUUGCAGCUUCUUCUCUGUUUGGAGUCAGGACCUUCCAGAUGAGGAGGUGUUCACACACUGAACUGAAGCGACACUAUAUUCUUGGAAAUGCUGAUACAUUGGUUAAAGUUAGCUCCUCUAGCUGCAUUAUGCUAACGGAUAAGUUACUGCAAUUACAAACAUCAAUCUUGCAGAAAUAUCUAGAGAAGAUUUUUUUAUUUUAUUUUAUUGGGAGUUGAAGGUUUUUUAGGAGCCAACGUCAGCUGUUGUUGCACUUUAACACACUCGGGAGCUUUUUAGCCUGUUUUAGCUUAUUGUUUGGGUUUUCAGAACAUUUCCUGCCUUUAGCUCACAGCGGUGACUUUCUGGAGCUGGUGGAGACCAAAAGCAGAGCUAAAAGACGGGCGGGGAUUCAUCAGAAGGACACGAAAAUGGAUUCUAUCCACUUGUUUCUGUCUUUAUCCUCAUCCAGGCCUAUAAUUUUACCAUUUCUUUCGUACUAAACUCAGUGUUCUUUUUGCUGGAACAAAACCUGGACAGUCUCGUUUCUCUCCAGCUCUUUCAUCGCUGCGUCUGACCAUUUCAAAUUUUACCUUUGUGAUAUUUAAAGAAAUCUAUUUUAUACCAAUCAAUCUUACGUGGCGUUUUAAUCUUAAUCAGUGUGUCUGUUCUGUUCAAACUGACCUUUUCUACAUGUGUGUUUUUGUGAAGCUCCUAUAGACCUGAUUAACUGCUCGCUUGUGUUGUUUAUACAAAGGGAAGAGAAGCAUGUUCAGCUCAGAUCACAUGUGUGCACAGUGGAAGGCGGCAUGUGACGUGUCAGUUAUAUACAUAUACUAUUUUUUGAUAUUCAUUUUAGUCAAAUUAGUAUUUAAAUUUAGAGUUAUCUAUAUAUGUAUAUUGUACACUACAGGAGCACAUAUUCAACCAAAGUCUGUACAGAUUUCCCUGAAAUAUUUUCACUUACAAUUCCUUUAAAAACAAUCCUGAUCUCGCUGUUACUGUCUGUUGUUUGUUUAUGAAAUGUUGUUUUCAGCCUGCGACGUAUCGAUCAUGUGUUCAUAUAUAGCAUGCCAUAGCUCUAUGAACGUGUUAUAUUUGUAAAAAAAAAAAAAAAAGACUGUUAAAUCUGGUGUGUCUGUUGUUGUCCCGUGAUCAUGUGACCUCUGUGUGAAUGAGAUGCUCUGUUUUAGAUUUCUGAUUCUCAGGAAAGUCCCUCCUUACCCCAACACUGUUCUCAAUAUGAAAGACUUAAAACAAAACUUCAGUUUUCAGAACUAUUUAUGAUGUGUGUGUGUGUUUUUUUUUUUUUUGUUUUUGUUUUUUAAUGUUGACAGUUCAAGGCUUCCAAAGGUGAAAUAAGCGGUGGGGCUUUUUUGUGAAGCACUCACAGGAAGGUAGCAGUUUUGACCAAGACUGAAAGAAUUAUAACUUUUAACAAAAGCUGGUAUAUAAUGUAAUAAUAAUGUAAUGUAUGUACUAUAGUCUUUUAUAUAUAUAUAUAUGAAUUGCAACAUGUAUUUCACAGUUGUCUGGUAGAGAAUACCUCCAACCGGGGUGUCAAAUCAGUCUGGAGGUAGUUCUUAUUUUAAAACAUGCAUCUACAUUGAAACGUUAUUGAGUAAACCUUUAUUUAUAGUGCUUUAAAAAAUACAGUGGAAAAAAAGAGUAGAAAGCCUCUCAAGAAAAAUCUUGGAUAUAAAACAUAGAUUUUGUUUCUUAGCUGAACCAUUGGAAAGAUGAACUGUAGCUCAUCGGUGGUUCAUAACCUAAAAUUAAGAAGAUUUAAUCAUGAAGAACUUUUUUUGAAAAAAAUAAUCAAAAGUUUAUAGAAAAAAAAUUGAAGAUAAAGAAGACCCAACAUCAUUCCCUGAGGAACUCCACUGGCCAGCAUUGAAUAGAUAAACAUGAUGAACUUCAUUAAAAGUUCUACAUUACUUUGUGUCACCUUAUUUAACUUCUCUUUAAGCAAUCAUUUUAAACCUUUCACACAAUGCUUCAUAUUCAGAAAUAUUCUAUUUUACUCUGUUCUAGUUGGAUAAACAAUAUCUUUGACAGAAAAACAUUAAAAUAGUGGUUUAAAAAAACAAAUUAAACAUGUAAGGAUUAAACUGGAGCUGGAUGUUAUCUGUGUGCGUGCUUUUCUUUUGAUAUUCCCUCUUGUGUUGUUCAUUCUUUGUCCUCUCAGCUGAAUUGUUUGUUUACCCAUUAAAUACCUAUAAUGUUA